AUGGCAACAACACCAGCAUACGACGCACCCAUCACAUUCUCGACCGUGAUCGACGACGACCACAACGCCAUCAACUGGGGCGCAGGCCGGCUGAAAAGGGCGCGGACCCCGUCCGAGCGAGCCCGCCUCCUCCGCGAAGUCACCUGGCUCCUCGUCCGACACGACGUCUCCGAGGACCUGGUCAUGCGGCCCGCCUUUAUCGAACAUCUGGGCGAAGUCGGGGUGCAGAUGGCCGAGCACGACCGAUCAGACCACGAACGGGCCAAAGUCGAGCUGUUGGCUCUAUUCGACCGCGUGCGUCUUGUCGAGUCGGAUUGUUCGACUCCUAUCGACACGGACACGGACACGGACACGGACACUACUACAUCCAGUAAGGCCAACGCUGUCCUCGACUUUGACGAGUUCGACAUGGUCAUCGAGAAGCUGUUCGCCGACCUGCUCGAGCACAUGAAGGUCGAGUCGGGCGAGCAGAUCCCCGCCCUGGAGCGGAUCCUGGAUCCUCUCGAAAGCCAGCGUCUCGGGAGAGAGUAUAUGAAGACGCAGGUCCUGACGCCUGACCUGGAGAUCGUGGAUAAAAGCGACGGGCUGACGAAACGGAAAGUCUGGAGAGAUGUCGAGGACUAUGCGCGCACCGAUCUCGCUGGGUUCAAGGAGAUUUAUGAUCGAUUGACCGAGGACCAGUUCAUGAUGGGCGUGAGGGCGUAUUAUCGACAAUACGUCAAUGGCAAGUUAUGA